AUGUUUAAAAAAAAUGAGAAAUCAAGGUUGCAACAAUUGACUGAAUACGGCUUAAUUAGCAAAGGAAAUGAUAAUAGGCUAAAGGAUCCACGGAUACAAGAAGAAUUAUAUGAAAAGAUCAAGGAAAAGUAUACUUCAUUGAUCAAAAAAGUAAAUCAAAAUGAAGAAACACUAGAAGAGACGUUUUCUUCAUUAACUGUGGUUGAUUCUGAAUUGCAACCUGCUAAUCAAGAGCAUUGUUUAUAUAUGUUUCGUCAACUUCGUGAAGGUUUGAGAGCAAGCCAGCGCGUUGAUGCUUUUGCACGUACUGUAUAUGAAAUGUCCGCACGUGUAGGAAUAUAUAUGAAUCAUGUUGAAACAUAUUUUCCAGCAUUACAAUACUUGAUGGAUGUUAUGUACCCAGAACAGUUGCAGUCAUUUGCAAAUAAUCAACUGGUAACAUGCUAUUUGUUGUACUUAGUAUGUGUAUUGGGUAAUUUGCAUAAAUUAUAUGAGGCGUUGCUACGAUGGAAGUUGGAUAUACAGGAUCUGCCAUUUCAGGUUGCUCGCAUCAUUAUUGAAAAUAACUAUGUUGCAUGGUUAAAGCUACGUAACAGUCUACCAUGGUUAUACCAACGGCUUAUUGAUCAAAGCCGUAGAAUGAUGCAGGAGCGAUGUACACGGGUUGUUGGUGCUGCAUAUUAUAUAGUGCCAAAACAAUGGGCUGAAAAAUAUGUUGGACCUGUUUUAGCAAUAACCAAUUGGGCUGUUGAUGAUGAUGUGGUCGUAGUACGUGUUCGUAGAUGA